UGCGCCGGGGCCCCAGGCUGGCGCGCACCCUCUCGCUCGCCCCUCCGGUGCGGCUGCUCCCGCCCCCACCGCUCCGGUCUGGGAUGUACCUGUCCAUCUGUUGCUGUUUCCUCCUGUGGGCCCCUGCCCUGACGCUCAAAAACCUCAACUACUCGGUGCCGGAGGAGCAAGGGGCCGGCACCGUGAUCGGCAACAUCGGCAAGGAUGCUCGACUGCAGCCGGGGCUUCCGCCCGCAGAGCGCGGCGGCGGCGGCGGCGGCGGCGGCGGCGGCGGCGGGCGCAGCAAGUCCGGGAGCUACCGGGUGCUGGAGAACUCCGCGCCGCACCUGCUGGACGUGGACGCCGACAGCGGGCUCCUCUACACCAAGCAGCGCAUCGACCGCGAGUCCCUGUGCCGCCACAACGCCAAGUGCCAGCUGUCCCUCGAGGUGUUCGCCAACGACAAGGAGAUCUGCAUGAUCAAGGUGGAGGUCCAGGACAUCAACGACAACGCGCCCUCCUUCCCCUCGGACCAGAUCGAGAUGGACAUCUCGGAGAACGCGGCGCCCGGCACCCGCUUCCCGCUCACGAGCGCGCACGACCCCGACGCCGGCGACAACGGGCUCCGCACCUACCUGCUCACGCGCGACGACCACGGGCUCUUCGCGCUGGACGUCAAGUCCCGCGGCGACGGCACCAAGUUCCCGGAGCUGGUCAUCCAGAAGGCCCUGGACCGCGAGCAGCAGAACCACCACACGCUGGUGCUGACCGCCCUGGACGGCGGCGAGCCGCCCAGGUCGGCCACUGUGCAAAUCAACGUGAAGGUGAUCGACUCCAACGACAACAGCCCCGUCUUCGAGGCGCCCUCCUACCUGGUGGAGCUGCCCGAGAACGCCCCGCUGGGCACCGUGGUCAUCGAUCUGAACGCCACCGACGCCGACGAGGGCCCCAACGGCGAGGUGCUCUACUCCUUCAGCAGCUACGUGCCUGACCGCGUGCGAGAGCUCUUCUCCAUCGACCCCAAGACCGGCCUGAUCCGCGUCAAGGGCAACCUGGACUAUGAGGAGAACGGGAUGCUGGAGAUCGACGUGCAGGCCCGGGACCUGGGGCCCAACCCCAUCCCGGCCCACUGCAAGGUCACCGUCAAGCUCAUCGACCGCAACGACAACGCGCCGUCCAUCGGUUUCGUCUCCGUGCGCCAGGGGGCGCUGAGCGAGGCCGCCCCGCCCGGCACCGUCAUCGCCCUGGUGCGGGUCACUGACCGCGACUCCGGCAAGAACGGGCAGCUGCAGUGCAGGGUCCUGGGCGGGGGGGGCACGGCCGGCGGCGGCGGCGGCGGCGGCGGCGGCGGCGGCGGCCUGGGCGGGCCCGGGGGGGCCGUGCCCUUCAAGCUGGAGGAGAACUACGACAACUUCUACACCGUGGUGACCGACCGCCCGCUGGACCGCGAGACGCAGGACGAGUACAACGUGACGAUCGUGGCGCGGGACGGGGGCUCGCCCCCGCUCAACUCCACCAAGUCGUUCGCCGUCAAGAUCCUGGACGAGAACGACAACCCCCCUCGUUUCACCAAGGGGCUCUACGUGCUGCAGGUGCACGAAAACAACAUCCCCGGGGAGUACCUGGGCUCGGUGCUCGCGCAGGACCCCGACCUGGGCCAGAACGGCACCGUGUCCUACUCCAUCCUGCCCUCGCACAUCGGCGACGUGUCCAUCUACACCUACGUGAGCGUGAACCCCACCAACGGGGCCAUCUACGCCCUGCGCUCCUUCAACUACGAGCAGACCAAGGCGUUUGAGUUCAAGGUGCUCGCCAAGGACUCGGGGGCGCCCGCACACCUGGAGAGCAACGCGACCGUGAGGGUGACCGUGCUGGACGUGAACGACAACGCGCCGGUGAUCGUGCUGCCCACGCUGCAGAACGACACGGCCGAGCUGCAGGUGCCCCGCAACGCCGGCCUGGGCUACCUGGUGAGCACCGUGCGCGCCCUCGACAGCGACUUCGGCGAGAGCGGGCGCCUCACCUACGAGAUCGUGGACGGGAACGACGACCACCUGUUUGAGAUCGAUCCCUCCAGCGGCGAGAUCCGCACGCUGCACCCCUUCUGGGAGGACGUGACCCCAGUGGUGGAGCUGGUCGUGAAGGUGACUGACCACGGGAAGCCCACGCUGUCGGCCGUGGCCAAGCUCAUCAUCCGCUCGGUGAGCGGCUCCCUGCCCGAGGGGGUCCCGCGCGUGAACGGCGAGCAGCACCACUGGGACAUGUCGCUGCCGCUCAUCGUGACCCUGAGCACCAUCUCCAUCAUCCUCCUCGCGGCCAUGAUCACCAUCGCCGUCAAGUGCAAGCGCGAGAACAAGGAGAUUCGCACCUACAACUGCCGCAUCGCCGAGUACAGCCACCCGCAGCUGGGCGGCGGCAAGGGCAAGAAGAAGAAGAUCAACAAAAACGAUAUCAUGCUGGUGCAGAGCGAGGUGGAGGAGAGGAACGCCAUGAACGUCAUGAACGUGGUGAGCAGCCCCUCCCUGGCCACCUCCCCCAUGUACUUCGACUACCAGACCCGCCUGCCCCUCAGCUCGCCCCGCUCCGAGGUGAUGUACCUCAAACCGGCCUCCAACAACCUGACUGUGCCCCAGGGCCACGCGGGCUGCCACACCAGCUUCACCGGACAAGGCACUAACGCAAGCGAGACCCCUGCCACUCGGAUGUCCAUAAUUCAGACAGACAAUUUUCCCGCAGAGCCCAAUUACAUGGGCAGCAGGCAGCAGUUUGUUCAAAGCUCCACGUUUAAGGACCCAGAAAGAGCCAGCCUGAGAGACAGUGGGCACGGGGACAGUGAUCAGGCUGACAGUGACCAAGACACUAACAAAGGCUCCUGCUGUGACAUGUCUGUUAGGGAGGCACUCAAGAUGAAAACUACUUCAACUAAAAGCCAACCACUUGAACAAGCAUUCCCGACUUUGCUUUCCUUUGCUAUCCUCACCCUACACACCAUCACAACUAGACUUCAGUCUGUUGAUCUGCUUCCUCCAGAACCAGAAGAGUGUGUUAAUUGCACAGAUGAAUGCCGAGUGCUUGGUCAUUCUGACAGGUGUUGGAUGCCACAGUUCCCUGCAGCCAAUCAGGCUGAAAAUGCAGAUUACCGCACAAAUCUCUUUGUACCCACAGUUGAAGCUAAUGUUGAGACUGAGACUUACGAAACUGUGAACCCCACUGGGAAAAAGACUUUUUGUACAUUUGGAAAAGACAAGCGAGAGCACACUAUUCUCAUUGCCAAUGUUAAACCUUAUUUAAAAGCCAAACGUGCCCUGAGCCCUCUCCUCCAGGAGGUCCCCUCAGCAUCAAGCAGCCCCACCAAGGCAUGCAUCGAGCCUUGCACCUCAACAAAAGGCUCUCUGGAUGGUUGCGAAGCAAAACCAGGAGCCCUGGCCGAAGCAAGCAGCCAGUACUUGCCCACUGACAGUCAGUAUCUGUCACCCAGUAAGCAACCAAGAGACCCUCCGUUCAUGGCUUCUGAUCAGAUGGCAAGGGUCUUUGCAGAUGUGCAUUCUAGAGCCAGCCGGGAUUCCAGCGAGAUGGGCGCUGUUCUUGAGCAGCUUGAUCACCCCAACAGGGAUCUGGGCAGAGAAUCUGUGGAUGCAGAGGAAGUCGUGAGAGAAAUUGAUAAGCUUUUGCAGGACUGCCGGGGAAAUGACCCUGUGGCUGUGAGAAAGUGAAAAAAAAAAAAAAAAAAAAAAAAAAAAAGCAUUGGCAUUUUCUUGUCUCUUCUGUUGAUUUAAAAAUGAUCCCUCCUGGUGAACAACCCGUUUUACAGGGAUGAAGAAAGACCAAUGCUGCUUUAAGGCUUUUAGUGAACAUCUGAAGUGCCCACAAGUAUGUUCUUUUCACUGCUGUUUCUUUUCCAGAGAUAACAAUGGUUUUGUUUUGACCAAACUUAUAUUAGGACAGAAUUAAUGAUGCUGAAAGAGAAAAGAAAAAGAGAGAAGAGAAAAGAAAGAAGAAAAAGGAGGAUGAGGAGGCGAGUUACCUUUUGACAAUCUGUUAGGAAGGUAUGCAGUGUGAGAAUAGAAGUAUUUCUGAUCACUCUUAAGACUGUCCUCCGUGAUUUAUGCUGACUUAACUGUUUACCUAUAAACCCCAUACAAAGCAGGGUCAUAAUUUGUGAUCUGUGGUGGAUUUCUAGCAGUCAUCACAGGCUUCUACUUAAAAUCCCGAAAAGACCUUGCAGUAGUCCAAGCUACACCAAACAUUAACACAUAUUUGUGGUAAACAUUUCUGUAUAAAGUUACCUGCCACACAUAUAAACACAAAGAACAUUCCAUAUCAUUAGUCGGAAAAAAGUUUAAAAAAAGAAAAAAACUUGGUCAUUUGUAAGACACUUCAUGUCGUAUAAAAGUUAAAUGUAAAAAGAUAUAGUCCAUUUUGUCCUGCACACACAUAGACUAAUUCACUUCAUUAAAGGAGAAGAAAUUUUAAAAGGUUUAAAAUGCCUCUUCAGCUUUUUAGUGUCCAACAAACUGUAUAAAUAAUGAUGGAUAUGUUUUAAAUUUGACCUGAAAAAAAUAGUGACCGUGGAAUGAUUAAUAUUCAGAGGAAAUUAACAUGAUUGAUAGGUUUUAUUCAUUUGUGGACACUAAAAUAGCUCAGGAAAGUGAAAAUGUCUUAGACAUACACAAAUCAUAUGACCAUUUAAAUGUGCAAAUGUAAGAAGAUUCAAUGUGUUUACAUCAAAUGACAUAUUUUUAUUGAUUUAUUGCAGAUUCAGUGCAUAUGAGCCAAAUUGUUGAGUGUAUAAGAGCUAUAUUGUGUAUUUUAUUAAAUUAAUAUAUAGUUGUGUUGCAAAAAUAUUUGGGCUUAUAUUGUAAAUGGCAAGUGUUGCCUCGGUAGCUGUCGAACUCUAUGAGUUUUGUUUUUUCCUGCUUCCUUUUCCCCAUGGAGUGUGGGAAGCAGUGCCUCAGAGCAAAGUCUCUCGUUUAAUGUAUAGUCUACCAAGUACUACAGUACAUAAUCUGUUCAAAAUGUGUUUGAGUGAGCUGAUGGAGCUAACUGAAAGGUCAAAAAAUACAUCCGUCAGUCAUGGUUAUGUGCAAGUCCUUGUAGAAGCUUUUAUUAAAGUCACGCUAAAUCACAAGAAUUACAUUUGUACUGAUACCUGAAACUUCUUCACGUUUUUUCAAUAACAUCCAGCUUCUGCCUAUGUAGAUAUCAUAACGUUGAUUGGUUUCUCAAAAGUAUCUUAAGUGGUUCAAGAUGUGUGUUCCCAUUAUAUUUCAAAACCAUGAAAAAAUGCUUUAAUGCAUGUGUGACACCAGAACCGGUUACUUGCAUUGUGUAGUGUUUCUCAAGAGGUCUGGGUCUUAACAAAAUGUUUUUCCUUUUUCUCAAUGCUCUUCAGCCUCUUUUUAUUGGUGUCCUUUGAGAACAAUACACCUUCUAUUCCUUCAUUUGCUUACACCUUCUCUUGUGACAUUUAGCAAGUUUCAAACUUACUUCCAUGUGAGGCUAGGAAACCUCAAAUUUCAGGAAUUGGGAAAAACAAAAUUAGCACUUGCAGAAGUAGCAGCAGAUGGGAAAAUGCCUUGAUUGACAUUUUCCUUCAGCAUUUAAAAUUUUUGGCAUUUUACAGCUUCAUGACAAACAGUUUCCAGCCCAUACCUUAGAAAAUGUGGUGCUGAGUUAAAUAAAGGCUGUUUGUGCACUGGAGCAGAAAAAUGCGUUAUUUGCAAACUGGUGGAGAAUUCUGUGCCUUCUUUUCUGGCCACCAAGCCAGUGUAGAAACAGCAUAAAUGUCAUAAAAUCAUUAGAUUUAAAACAAAAGCAAAAGCAAAAACAAACAUUGAACUGAAUUAAGUUUUGUAAUUUUAAACCUCGAAAAAUUCAGCUGAAAAUAUUUCCGUCAAAUGCCGUCAAGAAUUUAGACUGUACCUCGUUUGCAAAACUGCUUUGAAAGGGAAGAGUGGACAACUCCCAUCAGCCUUAUUCUCUCGAGAACUGUAUUUGGUUCCUAGUAACAGCCUUUCCAAAGCGCUACUCUUGGUUUUUAUUACUCAUAAAUGUUUAAAUUAGAAAAGAAGGGAUCUUGUACACGUGAAACCUAAUUGACUCUCUAUAUUUUGGACAAUUUAUGUAUCUGAAAUGUGUUGUCUCUGUUAUAUGAUGUUAUUUUUUGCCAGGAGACUACAGGUUGAUUUAGCUUGAUAGCUGAAAUUUGAUGGAAAACUAAUUUCCAUUUAGUCUUACCAAGUGUUGCCUCUCUCUUAUUAGACAGAUAGCCACGUAGUACAAUCUAAGGCAGUAUGUAAAUGAAAUCAACAGAGAGUAGGCUUUAUUUUUAAAACAUUCUUAACGCUGAGUAACCAAUUGUUCAAUUUAUUAUAUGUGUCUGAAGACAUUAAAACACUAUAAGAUUUUAAGAAUUGGUUGUGCCAAUGUGUGAGGGAUUUACCUUUAGGCUCUCUGUCACCGGUGAUUUACUAGUGUUAGCUGUUUAACACAUUAUCUGUAUUUAGUAGUGAUUAUUUAUUUACAAGUUGAUGGUAAUUCAGCAGUCAGGACUCUGAGGUUUUGUAGUUGAGUUGAGGGAAUCUCGCCUUUGUUCAUUUGGCUGGCGACUGCCUUUAUCACAGACCUCUGGUGCUUGGCUUCCAAGGAAGUCUAUGAGAUGCCAAAAUCACCCCCCUAAGGAGCAACUUGCUCUGGGGGGGUGAUAUAUGAUCAAACAGUGAUAUUUCAAGGGGUUUCAGCAUAAUUCAGAAUGUGGAAAAAGUCACGUCCUCCAAAACUAACCCCUCAAAAAAAUCCCACACGUUCAAAAAUGAAUAACUUGAUAAUACUUUGUCUUUUAGGUCCUUCAUAACUGAAGUCAAGCACAGAAAAAGAAUUUAUAGAAAUUUUUGUAAGAAAGUCAAAAGUUCUCAAAUUGUUCACUGGUGAACUUAAAAAAAAAUCAGUAACACAACAAUCUUUUCAUUAAAUGUUAAUAAAAGAUCUUUUCAUCAAAGUUAAAAGUAGUGAGAAUCAGUGUUAGUUAUACCUAUACCAAAGUAAACAUUAAAGAGACAUAUCAUGCAAUUUUAAAGAAUACUUUCAUAUUAUUUCUUAACCUUACAUACUUAUCCUUAUUACAGGCAAUAUACAAGGAUUGGCUCACUACUCCAUGAAUUAAUUGAAUCCCUGGUUGGGAAAUUGACUUUGUUUCAUUUUCCCGAGAUCUUGUAAAACAUGACUUCCCUUUAAAGGAUCUAGGCAGUGCUCAAUUUAAAAAAAUGACACCAUAAGAAAAAAAAAGUCAUGUAGCGAUAGAGCAGUAUAUGCUUUAUUAGAACUAGGUUAAAAGCUGUUUGUUGCCUAAUGGAGUAGAAGUUGCUGAGGUCAACAAGUAGACUGAGGUCUGGCAUAAUAUAUGCCCACUCGUUAUUGUCUAAUUAUAUUCUUUUGACAACAGGCAGCAUUUAUCACAGCAUUAAUUCAAAUGAGAGUUUUGGCUAUCAAGAUGUGUUGAUUUGAAACAUAAUUGAAUGAGACCUGAUUAAAGUCUGACUUUCCUGGCCUCAGUGUUUUGCAGGUUGGCUAUUCCCAUGUAUCAGCCCCAUCACUCCAUAAAGUUCUUAGCUGCACCAAGCAAUUGGUGAACAAGGACAACAACAAAAGCAGCAUACAUUGUAUGGAUUUAUCUCAACGCUAUUGUUUAAUGGCUGUGUUUAAUGUGACCUAUCUGGAAAAUGAGGACUCCGAAUAAAAAGCUAUUACUAAUA